AUGGUUCUUCAACGGUGUCUUGCUUGUAAUUUAUUGGUAAGUGACGAGAUUAGUAGUGAAUGAUCGAUGUUUUUCAUCACUAUGCUAAAUAUAGCUAUAUAGUGUGAAACCUCUUUCUCUCUAUUUCUCGAUCUUGAACAUUUUAACUGGGUAAACCGAUUCCAGAAUCAUUGAAAACAAGCGCGAAAUGAUGACGUUUACUUUUUGUCUCGGAGUUAGCCAACAAGAAAAAAAAAAAUUCUGCUUUAGUUUUCUACAGAACAGUUUCGUUGCUUCGUUGAAAAUAAUUUCUUGAAGGAAUUGCUUGCCACAGCUAGCUUCAAGUGAGUCCAAUGUCAGACAUCAUUAAGAUGAGUGUGUUUUUGAAUAUUUUUUUUAUGAAAUGUUCUUAACAGCUGUUUACUAGAGAAAUACUUUGAACCUUCCCAGACUGCGAUCAAAAUCUAUUCGCCAAGAAAACGUCAUAUUUGAAAAACAAAAGUACAAAAAUUAAUGAAAUAAAAAAAGGAGCUCGAGUGAGGUUGUUAUGAUGAAUUGACUCUGAAGAAGACAUGUCACGGGGUAAAAUAGAUAGGAGCAGUAAAUUUUUACUGAUAGGUGUCAAUAUCGAGGAUCCACGUAAUGUCUUAAACAAUAAUGCAUCAUAUACUCUGCUUCUUAGGAGUCACAAUUAUCUUCGUACAGUUAUCUCUAGUUCCCCUUAAAUCAGUGCUGUCUUUGUUAUGUCUUACCAAUGAAACUAACUUAUUUAGGUGUAUUUAGCAUUCUUUUAGAUCUCUCAAGGAUAGUUAUAUAUACAUCAGUAAAAUAACGUAACACAAGAGAUUAUAAUAUUACGAUCCCUUGGGUAUUUUGAUGGGAAAUCUUCUGAUCGUGACUUCCCCCAUGUCUCCAUGUAGCUAUUGCGAAAGAAAACGUUUUAUGAUCCUUCCUUAUUGAGGAUUAGUUUCAGAGGUCUUUCCAUCUCUCAAAUUGAAGAAAUAUCAAACACCGUGUUUUAAAUAAUCAUUUUUUGCCGUAAAAUAUCAAUGUGCCUUGAUUCUGAUUUUCUUGGGUACUAAUCUUUUCUACUCUACAGAGCUAGACAAUUUAAAAAAUGAAGUUAGAAUCUUAAGGGCCGACUAACCCCUUAGGGUUACAGCAAUUUACAUAUUUAAAGUGGCUCCAAUUUACGUUUUACGUUGAUGCUUUUCACCAAUUUUCAUUACUUAUAAAAUAUAUCGCACUUUUAAUUUUUGGUCUGCAAAGGGCCGCAAUUCUUUGAAGGCCUGUAUUCAGUUGAAGCGUGUGAUCGGAGUCUUACGUGUAUUGAGUUUGAGCUUGAAAAGAUCGCAUUAAGCGAUUUUAAAAAGUGAUAUAAUAUAUACACAACUUAUUAAUUAGAACUUACUUGAGCUACAACUGACUUGAUCGGUAGAUAACUGGAUCAUCAAAAUCAUGCGUGUGUGGUCACGUCUUUGAGGACACGUCUCGUCACAUUGGAGGAAAACGAUAUUCAGGUAUUAAAACAAUGUAUUCCCUAUUCCAGAUUUUUCUUUUCCAAAAUGACUUGUAUGUGUGGUUAAGCCUGCGAAAAAAUUUAACUUGUUCCAGGUCUUCAGUUGGUAAUCAAAAUCUUGACUAUCUUGUGUUCAAAAAGAUUCUAAAAUUUCUCUGACAGUGAUUGCGAAUCAUUUAUGAAAAAAUAUCCCGUGUUUGUGACACCGCCAUAAGGCAGUUUAUUUAAAAUGUCUUGGAUGCCCUUAGGUCGUCUCUUUUAAUAAUAAUUCGAUUUCUCUGGUUUUCUUUCUCAUAUUUUGGUUUUACUAGAAUAUCGAGCCAUGUUGUAUUCUCGACUGGAAUUUAAGAGACAGAAAAGAGAAGCCAGGGAAAGCAAAAAGGCGAAGGCAUAUCAACAGGAACCAUCAAUGAAACACAAGGUAACUGAUUGACAAAAAUUCUGAUUGGCUUUUAUAAAAAAAAUAUUUUUUUCGAGACUGAGAAGUCACCAGCGUAAACGUAAAUGAAAAUCCCCGAUGAUAGGUUGCAGCAAAAUGACUCUGAGGCGAUAUAUCAAAACGAUGGGCUCUCGGUGAGCUACAGUCACUCGUGAAUUUUGAACGACGGGAACUAAUAACGGAAGUGAAUUAGCAAGUCAGUCCUAUUUCCAAGACAUAGUUUGAAAUUCUCCUCUCUAGUUGCUGUACAUAUCGCUUGUUUUGAAUUAGUUUAAGGAGUUUAAAAUAAUAAUGAAAAGGUUAAACUUUCUGACUGACAAGUUUGGCUGCUGUCAUCACCUGUUUUCUGGGUAAUUUAUUGACGUUGUGAAGGAGUAUAUUGCGUUUAAUUAAUGAUUCGUCAAUUUUAAAGGAUAAAGAAAUUCCCGGUUUUAGUUGCAAGGCCGCUUUCUGAAAUUUCUUUCUACAGGAACAAAAGGCUGUAACAACGAAAAAAUCCCACUUUAAACCUGCAAGGCGACGAACAAUAAGAAAAAGAAAUUCAACGAAAGGGAAAAUUGGAAGGACAUCAUCAUCGAUAGUGAAACAACAUCCGGUCAAGAGCACGGAAGUUCCAAAAGAACUGUUGUCAAGAUUUCCUGUUGCUCUCAAAGAAAUAAACCGAAGACUUCUGGGACAAAACAUGGUAUGGAUAGCAUUGUGCAGUUGAAGAGUCCAAACUGUUUGAGGCACUGGCACGAAAGCGAACUAAAAUUCACGCCAAGGAAAACAGUCUUCAGUGAUGCAAGAAGACCUCCCGAAACCUGCCGUUUGGAACGCGUGGCAAGGAUAUGAAAAUAAAAGCGCUUUGAAAACAGGAAGUCCAAAACUGUAUGACACGAUUCACGUUAUUGGGCAAAGUUAUUAACAGGAAAGGGAACAUCAGAAAUUCCUCUCUGUAACAAAACGUGAAGCUAUUUUGGUUAAAGACUUCUCUUAUCUUUUCAGGGCUAUUUUAGAAUUUGUAAAUUUCCAUUUUUAUAAUAUUGUAUUUCAUCCAAAAAUGGCUUCAUAUAGGUGAAUACCUAAAACCAAUAUGUGCCCAGCAACUCAAGGAUUUCUUUAAAGGUAUAUCACUUCCAGAGACUCUCUGGAAGUGAUAUGCCUUCAUCACAUUUUCGGAAAAAGUGAUAAAGUAAUCAAAUAGAAUUUUGAAGUGUUUUAUCAGUAAAACUAAUAUCAUUCAACAGAGGCCC